GAACGCAAUAAGCUCAUUCUUAUUCCAUUCUAAUAUGGCUUCUUCUCCUCUACCUUUUACUUCUCUUCAUCUGCAAUUUGUUUCAUCGAAAAAACCAUCAUCUAAGUCGGCGACCACUUCAACAUCGCGUCGGGUUGUCGUUCGGCGUGUUAGAGCCUCCGUGUCGGAGAAACCAUAUAUGGCUGAGCCGGCGGAGGUCGUUUCAGACAAUGGAGAAGGCAAGCUUCCCGUGAAGAAAAUCCCGGGGAGUUAUGGGAUUCCUUAUGUUGGUCCACUCAAAGAUCGACUUGAUUAUUUCUACAAUCAAGGUCGAGAUGAGUUUUUCAAAUCGAAAAUCCAGAAAUAUAAUUCAACGGUGUUCCGAACUAACAUGCCACCCGGCCCUCUCAUCUCUCAAGACUCAAAGGUUGUUGCUUUACUCGACGGAAAGAGUUUCCCUGUUCUUUUCGAUGUCACCAAGGUUGAGAAAAAAGACCUUUUCACCGGCACUUACAUGCCGUCAACUGACCUCACCGGCGGCUAUCGAAUCCUCUCGUAUCUCGAUCCCUCCGAGCCCAAGCACGCCCUGCUCAAACAACUUAUAUUUUUUCUCUUGAAAUCCAGGAGAGAUCAAGUGAUCCCCGAGUUCCAAGCCUCUUACGCUGAGUUAUUCGAAACAUUAGAGAAAGAGCUCGGCGUGAAAGGUAGAAGCAGUUUUCCGGCGGCUAACGAUCAAGCUGGGUUUAACUUCUUGUGUCGGGCUUUCUUUGGUACGAACCCAAGAGAUACUAAACUAGGUACCGAUGGUCCAAGUUUGAUUAGUAAAUGGGUCCUUUUUCAACUGGGUCCGGUUCUUUCUCUUGGUCUCCCUAAAUACGUUGAAGAGCUCUUGAUCCAUACUUUUCCCCUCCCUCCGGCUUUGGUUAAAAAGGAUUACCAGAGAAUCUACGAAUUUUUCUACGAAUCAUCUGGUUUCUUUCAAGAUGAAGCUGAGAAAAUGGGUAUUUCACGAGAAGAAGCUUGCCACAAUUUGAUAUUCGCAACGUGCUUUAAUUCAUUCGGUGGCAUGAAAAUCUUCUUCCCCAACAUGCUUAAAUGGAUCGGCAGAGCUGGAGUUAAGCUACACACCGAGUUAGCAACGGAGAUCAGAUCAGCCAUCAGAUCCAACGGUGGGAAACUCACAAUGGCCGCCAUGGAACAGAUGCCAUUGAUGAAAUCCGUGGUGUACGAAGCAUUACGGAUCGAACCACCCGUCCCGUUACAAUACGGGAGAGCGAAGAAGGAUUUCUUGAUCGAGAGCCACAACGCCGUGUUCCAAGUGAAAGAAGGGGAGAUGUUAUUCGGGUUCCAACCAUUUGCAACGAAAGACCCCAAGAUAUUCGAGAGAUCGCAGGAUUUCGUCGCCGACAGGUUCAUCGGAGAGGACGGAGAGAAGCUGUUGAAGCACGUGCUUUGGUCGAAUGGACCGGAGACUCAGCAACCGACAUUGGGGAACAAACAGUGCGCCGGCAAGGAUUUCGUGGUGUUGAUGUCGAGGCUCUUGGUGGUGGAACUGUUUAGGCGUUACGAUUCCUUUGAAAUCGAAGUCGGCAAGUCGGCGUUGGGGGCAGCCGUUACGGUCACAUCCUUGAAGAGAGCAAGUUUUUAAGACAAAAAUAAAGCUUAUGAUGUCAAUUGGGUAA